GUAGCCAGGCAGAAAGAAAAACAAUUUUUUUUAUUGCAUCUUGAGUUUUUAAUGAAAUUUUCUGAUAUCGCAGAAAACUGAACUAGCCAAAUCUAAACGACGACCACUGAACCGAUGUUUAAAAAGUUCAUUUUUUUAUCUGUUCAUCCAGCUGUCAAACUAUAAAUUCAUUUUCAGAAAAAAUGUUGAGGUUACCGAGUAGGAUUUCUUCUUUGAUAUCAAAGUGGAGCCGAAAUUUUCAUAAUGCAAACCCAACAACUCGACCGACUUUAAUUGCAAAUCAAUUAACAAUUGGCCAACUGCCUCUUAUCGGAUCUACAGUCCAAUACCCUCUUUAUCCAAACAAAAAUAAAAUCAUCAACGAUCUACCUUUGCACAAUGUAAUAAUUGAAAAUCCGAGAGAUUCACUUUUGAAUGAAAUAAGAGAAAUCAUAAAGAAUGAAAACAUUAUUCAGACACCAGCGCCAGAGAAUACCCAAAAUGAAAUACAAGCAGCACGUCUCAUUGUUAUUAGAAGGCGGAAGAUGAAGAAGCACAAGCUAAAGAAACUUAGGAAGAAGAUGAAGUUCGAAUGGGCAAAGGUUCGUCAAAGGAGAGAAAUGAGGAAAGAAAAAGCAUUUCAAGCCGAACUUAUAUCCCAGAUAAAGACGGCAGAGAAGUUUUCGGCGGAGCAAUAUGUUAUGUCUAAAUUGCAAAAAGCCAAUGAAACUCCAAUUCCAAGAUUCUGGAAGGGACGUCGGUUGCCUCAGUUUAUUAUCAAACAAAAACUAGGUCUUGAAUAAAACAAAUCUUAGUUUUACAAGUA